CGCCCGGCCCGGCGCUCGCGGCGGGGAGGCAGUUGGCGGCUCGCUCUCGCUGCGCAGCUCAGGGCCGGACGCAGCCAGCGGCGCCUCCCCUCCCCCCGCCGGGACCCCCCUCCCCCUUCCGCAGCCUGAAGAUGAGCUUCCUCUUUGGCAGUCGGUCCUCUAAAACAUUCAAACCCAAGAAGAAUAUUCCUGAAGGCUCCCAUCAGUACGAGCUCUUGAAACAUGCAGAAGCAACCUUGGGAAGUGGUAAUCUUAGACAAGCAGUUAUGUUGCCAGAAGGAGAGGACCUCAAUGAAUGGAUUGCAGUUAACACUGUGGAUUUCUUCAAUCAGAUCAAUAUGUUAUAUGGGACCAUCACAGAAUUCUGCACAGAAGCAAGCUGUCCAGUGAUGUCUGCUGGACCAAGGUAUGAAUACCACUGGGCAGAUGGUACCAAUAUAAAGAAACCAAUUAAAUGUUCAGCUCCGAAGUACAUUGAUUAUUUGAUGACAUGGGUUCAGGACCAGUUGGAUGAUGAAACCCUCUUUCCUUCAAAGAUUGGUGUCCCUUUUCCUAAGAACUUCAUGUCUGUGGCAAAGACUAUAUUGAAGCGUCUCUUUAGGGUCUAUGCCCAUAUUUACCACCAGCACUUUGACUCUGUGAUGCAGCUCCAGGAGGAGGCCCAUCUCAACACCUCCUUUAAGCACUUUAUCUUCUUUGUACAGGAGUUCAACUUGAUUGACAGGCGUGAGUUGGCUCCUCUUCAGGAACUAAUUGAAAAGCUAGGAUCCAAAGACAGAUAAAUUUUCCCUGGAAGAAUUCUUUCUGCUUUCAAACAUGGUUACUCUUUCUUGCUUCGUAUACCAGCUGCAGCUAUUUCUUUACCACUUUGUCUUUAGCGGCACAGUCCCUGAGAAACCAGGUACCACAGCUAGCGAGUCUAAAACAGAUGCUUUCCAGUCUAGCACAGUUACUGCCCUUCUUCCAUCGUAGUAGCUGGUGUGAGGGCUUCAUUGCAAAGAGGUCAAAUUUCAUGUAAAAUCCAAGGUCUGCAAUUCAGAAAAAGUGUCUUCAGAGCAAAGUAGCUAUGAAUUCUAAAAGCUACUUUAUCAGAUCUUUUACUUGGAAAGGUGGGGUUCAUGAAUGCAUUAAUCCCUGCAAUGUCAAUCUAUAGAAAUUAGUGAAAUUUUGCAUAAUUUUCUAUGCAGAACUACAGCAUUAUAGUUUGCAUUAGCAGUUCCAGAAUUAACUUUCUGCUCUAGAAACUGGAUGGAUAAGUACUUUGAGACCUCAACUCAGCUUGCAGUUUUGGGCAUACGAGGUUUUGUGCACAUGGAUGGGGGAGAUGUUUGCCUAAUGUUCAAGUGUACCUUCAGGAGUUUGGAUGCGUAACACUUACAGGAGAGUUGUGGAAAAAUUUGGCCACAUAACACUUAAUUUUUCAAACACGUCCAAAAAUGUGGCUAUUGUAAUUUAUCUGACAUGAAACAACAGAUGGUAAGAAUUCUGUAGAUACUAUAUUUGGCUAGAAAUUGUUUGCAAAACUGCAAAUGCAAAUAUUUUGGUUUGGGUUUUAUUCCAUCCAGCGUUUAGUUGCUCAACAAAGUUCCAUUUUAAAGCUCUGUUUGCUAGUAUCAAAAUUGUUUAAUACUUCUGAUAAGUGCAUUACGUUAUGAACUUUGAUAUUCCACUGUUUUCUAUGUAGGAAAUAGAACUAUUUUUGCAAAUUUUAUGAUGGAUGCAAUUUACACUUAAAACACACCGCAUUUUUCUCUUAGAACUAGGCUGUUACUAGGUAUAGGUUGGUAUAUGUAGCUUCAGCAACCAAAGCAAUUUAAAAAACAAUCUGGUAUUCAGCUGGUUAUGACUUUGAAUUGCACAUAUACACACACACACACACGUGUGUGUGUGUGCGCCCUGUGCUUCCCUUUUAAAAAAAAUCUAAGUAACAGUUGGAUACACCUGUGGAUUUUUGUUUCAGUGUACGCCAUUUCAAAUUCAUGUGUGUCUUUGUGGUUUUUAAAAAAAGGAAAAAGGUAACUUAAUUCACUGAAACUCAUUGAGUGACUUUCAAAACCUUUUUUUUAAAUGCUGGAUCAAAAAUAGGAGGAAAAACUACCAGUGUAUUCCUUACGAAUGCUUUUAUUUUAAUUUUUUUUUUUGAGUAGUUUGUUUUAAGUUUGUAUCUAGAUGCACUUUGAAUUUGCCUUAGAGCCUUAAGUAAAAUAGUAGACUAGCCAUGAGUUGCAUGGACAUGAAGUUAUGAUCCAAAAAGUGACUAAGAUAAAGCAAAAUAGAACCCAUCUUAAAAAAAACAGAUGAAAAACUUAAGACUGGCACAAAAGCAUAAGUGUGGAAGCUUCAUUAGAAGAGAAACAGUCUGCAUGUACCCCAAUGUGAACUGCAGAGGGUUCUUUUUUUAAAUAAGUGUCACCAUUAACUAAUGGAGUUAUUACUGUAUUUUGACAAAUUAAGACACUUAUCGCCAGCACCAUCUGAUUGUGAAAAAUCUGAGCUGAGACCUAGUUUCUUUGCUGGACUGUGAGACAUCAUGAGUAUCAUUAACGGUGUUUUGUUUAAAAAAAACCAAGAAAACAUUCCAUUCUGAAGGCCUGAUCCUGAGUUCUUUUCAUCCUGUUUGUUCUGAUGUUACUUGUGGCAUGUGUCAUUCCAGGAGAGAAACUUGUGGCUGACAGGUUUCUAGAGCUUGGAGGUCAUUUUGUUUUAAUACACAGUAUUGAUUUACAUGAUUAAAUACUAGUCUCUUAGAAACCAAGUUAACUUGUAGUGCAGACUUUGCAAUUCAGAGACAAAGGGGUCCUAGCUGGGACAGGUGACAUGUUCCACCCAUAAUAGGUGGAAUUUUGUGUUGAAACCUUGAUAUUUCUUUUUAGGUAGCUUUGGCUUUUAAUUUCCCUUGCUGGUGUAGGGGGCAUCCAGCAUUUUUCUUUUUAAUAAUCUAGUCCCCUAUGCUUCUUCUGCCCAACUGACUACAUGGUGCAUGGGAGAAACACCAGCAAAAGCUGGGCUGGAGCUGUGCAAAGGGAAAAGUCAGCACCAUGGGGGAUGGUCCAUUUCCCCCUGCCACACCUCACCACCUUUGCUCUUCUGCACAGCCCCUUUUCUCUUUGCAGGCCUGUUACCUGUGAACUGCAGUUCAGUGAUGUGUAAAAUUAAUGAUGCUUAAAGCACCAGUAAAUCCACUCACUGCACGCUGUGUAAUUCUCCCCACUCUCAGGGAUUGUGAAGCUCCUGAAUGGGCAAGCAGUCAUGGCACUCUGCCUACUGGUCCAGGAGAGUCCCACGUGACUGCCUAGGGAUCUGUGGGGUUGAAAUCCUGCAUCCAUAUGGAUCCUGUGCCACUUCUGCCUUUGUUGGCCCCUCUGCCCCUAGUGGAACCACACAGAAGUGUGUGUUAAAUGAUUCCUUUCCGUACGGCUUUUGCUUACCCAUACCACUGUUUGCCCUAGAUGUCAAACCAACUAGUCUGUACUGGGAGAUUUCAAAAGUAUGUAGCUUUUUUACAAGAUGACUUUAUUUUCAAUCUUAAAUGUCUAAAAUCCAAACUUCGUAACUCCAGCGACCCACUGAAUUAUCUCUGUAAAAUACAUAUAUAGCCUGUUCCCAAGAUGAAGCCGUUUUUGCCACAUUUCAGCUGAUUCGUUUGUCAUCCUAUCUUAGAGUCCCUGAGUGAGCAGGCCAACACCAUAAAGUACAACAUUGCCAAAGCUAUGUUCUAUCAGUAUUUUUCACACUUUGUAUUCUUGCUUAGCCGUUAUUUAUCUGCUCUCACACUGCACAUGCAUUGACCAAGCACUGCUGACUAAGAACAAAAUGUUCUGAACAAACGAGUGCUCGCUCAUAAUUAACUUCUGAAAAGUACAAUAGUUAACUUUGAAGUGUGGACAUGGGGUAGGGGACAAAAGUAAAAUUGUAUGGUCUCCUAUACACUUUGGCUGUGAUUUCAAACUGACUCAGUUUAUAAAGUUGAAAAGCCUUUUUCCUAACUACCAGUGCUGCACAAGUCAUUCUGGGGUCUGAAAUAGCAAGACAGAUGCUUUGUCCAAAUGCAGGAAUGUUUUUAUAGCCUACUGAUUGGACUUCAGUGGUUGAAAUGGCACGUGGCUUUGAAGGAAUUCACUUUUUAAUUAGCCGGUCCCUUUUGUUGUUGUUUUUCGAAUCAGUCAAAUUCAAAAAACAUUCAUGCUUGGUUUACCUAGGGUCCAGCAAGCUCUGAUUGAAGUUAAGGAGAAUGGACAGCAUGCAGCAUGCUGCAGAAUCUGGCCUUUACAGGUUGUAAGGGAAGACUGGCUAAAAGCUUUUUUUGAAAUCAUUCUGCUUCACCAACCCAAAAUGGACAGAUAGCAGCUACUUAAGUUUACAGCGUUUGUCAAAAAUUGUACAAAUUAAACUUAGUUUAAAACCACACUGUUCUAGGGUUAGCCUGCAAUGUUUUUAUGUAAGUUGCUCAUAUUUAAAACCUCAUAAUAGGACUGUGAAUAAAACUGGUGGUUUUUGCUUGGCAUCUGUAAUGAGCAAGCUUUCUCCUUGGCCUUGCACAAAUGCAACUUUUUUGAUAAUUUAGUUUUACCUUAAGUGCUUAUGUAUCUGUUCUGAGCUUCCUUGCAAUGAAUAGAUUUCAGUAUAGGAGAUUACUCAACCUUUCUUCCAUUAUAAAGAAACAUUGCUGUGAUCAUUGAGAAAGGUAGGUAAGGCUUCAUUUGUUUUAAGGCAAAAGAACUUUUUCUAGUUAGCUUUAAGCUGUAUUUUGUUCCUCAAUCUCUGCCCUCUUCCAAGGCAGGCACUGGUCACUCCAGCAAUGAGGGGCAGAUUAGUGGAUAGAUCUCACUUGAAACUCAGCAAGUGUCCAGUGAUCUGCUUCAGCUAACUCCUGACAAAACUAUUGGGUUUCUCUGGUCAGAUUCUAGAUAGUUUUCUGAAUUGCACUGUUAAUUUAAGAAUUCAGGAGGGAAAUUAAUCAUUUAGAGGGGUAGGCUGUUCUGUCUGUUAAAGGAAAAAUUGACAGUGUUUGAGAAAUCCUGUACUAGAUUAUGACUUUUUGAAGUUCUUUGUAUAUUUAUAUCAAUACACACACUUCCUCAGGAUGGACUAGGGUUGCAAGGUUCUUUCAUGCAGCUGGUUCAAGUAGGCAGAAAAGUUUGUUUGGACAAUGUUGAUACAUCUUAACUUGCAUUGCAGGGGAGUGGUGCUGUGAAUCAAAACUGAUUACAGUAUUUAGACCUCUUGCUACUUUCAGUGUUAGGGACAAACUUUAACUACAAAUCAAUACUGCUGCUCUGCCUUGUGUGGUUUCCUGCAUGUUUCCUUCAACUUGACUAAACCGUUACUCCAUGGCAAAAAAACUGUUUAACAUUAGUGAAUUUAAUAUGAAAAUUUUAAUAGUAUUUUUACAUUAAUAGUUAUAAUAAAAGUUUUUACUUCGGGCUUUUUUGGUUACUUUUAGGUAAAUUUAUUGUACUUUUUACAAAAUAUUUUGUAUCUACUUUUGUAACUUCCAUUCAAUCAAAUAAUAAAGCAUGUGGUAUUCAAA